AAAAAACGCGUGGUAUCGAUACUUAAUGGGCCACCUCUCGCCUGCUGUCCAGUCGUUUUUUUUUCUUCUUCUCUUGCGUGUGUGUCUAUGGUGUGUGAGUGAAGGAUGGUCCGAGGAGAAUGUGUAACAGAGUCACGUUUAGACACAUAUAAAUUUGGAUGAUAAACAUAUUUUUGACAAUUUGUUCCUUUGUUUCCUUGGACUCUUUGUUUUGUAGUCCAGUGUUAGUCAAUUUAUAUAUAGAAAGGAAGAUCAAGGCUAUAUCGGCAGGUUUCGGGAGCCAACUGGAAGUCGACGCUGAAAUGAUUAAUACAUUAGUGAAGAUCGAUCGUGGCGAUACCAUUGAUUAAUGUACUCGGCAGUUAUUCGAGAGUGGUUUCGAGCCUGCUUGGUACUCGACCAACUACAACAUGCCUUCUCUCUUUUUUUCACUGGGAUAAAUUUUCGUUGAAUUCCUGGAGUAUGCUGGGAUAUCACACUUUUGUCAUAGUGACCAUUCCGAAUGACUUUGUGUUUGUUAAAGUGCUUAACCCCUAAGUUAAAAAGUUGAAUUGCGUGAGAACGAAACAAAAAGAGCACGAUUAUUUUCACGUUGGGAUCAAUUCGACAUUGUCUUCUAGCCCCAUCAACAAGAAUACACACGAGAAUUCAAAGAGAAAACUAAUCAAGCCCCCAGUAAGUUUCGGUCUUGACACUUCCACUAUGUUCGUCUCGUGGCUUCGCAUAGGCUCUCGUCUCUUUCAGUUCUGAGGAGCAGAGUGAGAGGCUGAGACACCAUGGCCGCCUCGGGGAGAGCGAUACGGUCAAACUCCAAGAGCACGGGCAUGAACGUCAACACUGACAUAGAGAUCCCUAAAGACCGCUCUGUUCGUCUGAGAGUCAUGCCAGAGCAGUCCAACGAUUAUCGAGUGGUUGUGUUUGGUGCAGGGGGCGUUGGGAAAAGUUCGUUAGUGCUUCGGUUUGUGAAGGGGACCUUCCGAGAGAACUACAUCCCCACAAUAGAGGACACUUAUAGACAGGUGAUCAGCUGCAAUAAACAAGUUUGCACUCUUCAGAUAACUGACACCACUGGCAGUCAUCAGUUUCCCGCCAUGCAACGCCUGUCAAUUUCCAAAGGUCAUGCCUUUAUAUUAGUGUAUUCAAUAUCUAGCCGCCAGUCACUGGAGGAACUCAAACCUAUUAGGGACGAAAUCGUGGAGAUGAAAGGUGACAUUGAAGGCAUUCCCGUGAUGCUUGUGGGUAAUAAGUGUGACGAUGUGAAUCGCGAGUGUUCUAUACAGGAAGGGGCGGAGUUAGCCAAGCGCUGGAACUGUGCAUUCUUGGAGACAUCGGCCAAGACGAACCAUAACGUCAAAGAACUCUUUCAAGAGCUGCUGCAGUUAGAAAAACGCCGGGCCGUCAGCCUGCAGCUGGAAACCAAUAAAUCCAAGUCACAGAAGCGUAGAGACAAAUUAAAGGGAAAGUGUGCUUUGAUGUGAAACUGUGUGCUGUGCAUGCUGGUCGAGCUAGUUGUGAAGUAAAUAGUGUAUUAUAUAUUGUUAGAAGUUUUUAGUGAUACGAAGCUGUGGGAUAUCGUUCUCCAAGAUCAGCUUGGUCAUACGCUGCUAGAGACAUCCUAAUAUUUUUUUGUGUUUCAUGUGAUACCAAAUGGAGUAUACAUUUGUGAUGUGAAGGGCUGUAAUGCAUACUUAAACUCGUGUAUAUUUAUACUGUAUAUACUAUGUAGCUGGUUGCACUGGGCUGUGACAUUGUAUCCUCCAGAGAUAGUUGAGCGCUAUGCGAUGCACUGUGAAUCAGAGUGAUAACCUUGACCUCAGUGGAUCUGUAAUGCAUGCAGUGUCGCUUGGUGCAAGGCUUUCGGGGUAGUAGAUUGUGCGUACAUGGUGUGAAACUAGAUGGCGGAAAAUUCAACGGAAUAUUCUUAGACGUUAUUGCUGUGUGGUGACACUGGUAGUUUACAAAGUAGGAUAAUGAAGAUGAAUUUCAGCUCAGACGACUGGAGUGUCUACAGUCUGUCAAAACUAUUGACGUCUGCCAGGAGUGUCUACGGCUGUACUUAACUCUGUAGUCUAUAAGCCAGGAGUGUCUAGACAUGAAACUGCAGGCAUAUAAUUUUAUAACAAGAAUAACAAUUCUAAGCUCUAAAAUUAUCAUAGGCGGAGUUAAUUUUAAAAAAAUAGAGGGUAGAUCAUAGCGCACUCAGAAUUUUUUUUUCUUAUGUGACAUAUACCACAAUAGCAUACCUAUCAAUUCGUAAACAAAAUACAAUACAAUCCAUGAACUGCACACUAACCCAUUCCUAAACGGAUUACAAACAAAUUCAUGAACAGAACACUUACCAAUUUCUAAACGGAUUACAAAUUCAUUAAUAGAACUCUUAACAGUUCCUAAACGUAAUGGAGACAUAUUCAUGAACCGAACGUCUACGAACUUCUAAAUGGAUUACACAUAUAUUCAUGAACAUAACAUAUACCAAUUCGUAUACGGAAUACACUAAUACCUUUCAGUUGCUUCAUUUAUUCUCCCGAAUUUCUUUUAAAAAAAAAAAAGAAUUCUUCUAGCUGUCUUGUUGCCUUGGUAAAAUACAUAGCCCAAAAUUCUAAACUGUGCUUUUAAUUUAUUUUCCAUAUUGAAUUUUUAUGGUAAUUUUCUAUGCAUUAGAACUUGAGACUUUUUAUUUACCUUUUGGUUUCAUUUUGAUUUCAAGGGGACAUGACAUACGUCUAUUAAUUCUUCUGACAGAAUCACACAGCUCCACAAUAAAUAGAACUAAAGCUCGCACAUUAGAAAUUCCCUUCACUUAGAGACCUGGUGGAGUGCCGUGGCUGAGUGGUUAAGCAUUGGCUUCUGACCUGGAUCCUGGGUUCCAAUCUCGGUGUAUUCUGGGAUUUUGAAUUUCAGGAUUUUUAGGGCACCCCUGAGACCACCCCACUCUAAUUGUACCUGACUUUAAUUGGGGAAAGUAAAGGCGAUUGGUCGUUGUGCUGGCCACAUGACACCCUGCUUGUUAACCAUAAACCAAAGAAACAAGACCUAAACACUAUAUGCCUUAUAGAUCCCAAGGUCUGAAAGGGAACUUUACCAGAGCUGGUAGUCUUUGGGGCAAAGUAUGUAAAUCUUAUUCAUAAGUUCAACACUGAACGUCACGUGGUCAGCAAAAUGUCCGUCCGACUUUAGUUUCCUCCUCAAGUGUUAGAUCUCUCAGAGAGACGGGUGUAUUCAGGAACAGUGUACAAAUCCUGAAUUCAAAAUCCCAAACUUUAACCAGAUUUGAACUCGAGACGCUGGGUUAGGAAGUCAGGCACAUAUGAAGUAUGUGUGUGUGACAAUUUAUUUAACUUGCGAUCACCCAUCCUCCGAAGAUAGUCCGUGAUGAGAAUGAUAAGUGAAGUGUACACAUUUGGCUUACCUUGAAAACAUUUCGUUGUGGGAAGGGGAGGUUUAAUUAAAUAUCAAACAUCAAAUUUAGCUUGAAGUUGAUUAAAACAAAAUUACCUUGCUGAAUAGAUUUAGAUCUUUGAAUAGAUUUAGAUCUUUGAAUAGAUUUAGAUCUUUCGGUAAUAUGUGGCCUUCUACAAGUUAUUGAUUGAUAUAUAAAAAGUAAAGUUUCCCUUUCAGACCUUGCGAUCGGGCAGAUAAUCCAAAGGUCAUCUGUUUCUUUGGCCAACGGUUAACGAGGUUGUCCUGUGGCCAGCACAACGACCAACCACCAUUACUUUUCCCCAACUGUACACAGCGGCGUCUUAAAAAUCCCGAAAUUCCAGUCUACACCGAGAUUGGAGCCCGGCACCCCCUCGGUUUGGGAUCCAAGCGCUUUACCACUCUGCCACCACAAGCCCAUUGAUUGAUAUAAUUCUCUCUUGUAACAUUUAUGAAAGACAUUAACGUUACUGACGAGAAAAAAAUGAAAGUGCAUCGUAAACACGAACUUUUCUAUUUCCUGAACAAUUCAUUGUCACAAUUUCAUCAGCUUUAGGAACAUUUGACAAAUUAAUAACUUAAUGCUUUAUCAAUAUCUCGGCACACCCCCCUCCUCCUCCUUUUUUUUUUUCUCUCUCUCUUUCUCUCUGUAUAGGCCUAUAUGGAGAUUUUCAUGCUUGGCGGGAAAUCUAUAAAUAGCAAGCUUUGGGUGUAUCCGGUGUACAAGCUAAAGGAGGUGUUAAUGUGCAAUGUGUUUUCAAGGUCGAGGGCAUAGAUUUAUAUAUUAUAUAUAGUAUAUACAGUAUAUAUAAGUCUAUGGUCGAGGGAUAUUAUUUGUGCACUUUAGAUCUAAGUUUAUCAAAUCUUCUAUUUCUAAGUUUUAGAUCUAGUCGGCAAAUUUUAAAUUCAAUUUUGCGUUCUUGAUAUUGUUUAGUUCAUUGCGAGAAUCUCCACUAGUCCUAUUUAUGAGUGUUUGUGUGUAUCUCCAACACUCUGAUUUAAGUAGGACUAAGGGGAGCCCCCUUCACUUUUUCAAAAGCUUUAAUUUAAAAAAAAAAUAUUUUGUUCUUGGCCUUUGUGUUUUAGUCAAAAAUUUUGUUCUUGGGUUUGUGGAGGGUAAAGUAAGGCCUUGGCUUGACGCGCCGCGUAAAUCCGGUGCUGCAUUAAUAGAUCACGAACACGGAGCACGCUACAAGCGGACACUUCUCAAUAACCACGACAGUGUUACCAACUGUAAGAUUGAAAGUAGUGUCGGUAAAAUGGGGGGAGGGGGAGUAGAAUAUAAACUCGAAAGGAAAAAGAAAACAAACUAAAAGUUUCUGACCCGUCCAAAUUAAGAUAUUUCUUUUAAAUCUCUAUUGUGGGGGGGGGGGCAUUCAGCUUUUACCUCCCUUAAAUCCAGCCCUGCACGUGUGAGGUAAUCCUUGAACUCAUGGGCGUAGCAAGGAUUUUUUUUUUUUUUUUUGGGGGGGGGGGGAGCAUAAUUAAUCUCUAUUACAUUCUGACCCUUCAUUCUUUCGGAAGACGUUUAUUGUACCCUAGAAUAGGUUCUUCUUGGAGUUAGUGGGACAAUUGUAGACCCCUUGCCCUUGCCAGCAAGCCCCGCCGCCAAUUUUAAGCAUUAUUUCCGGUAUUGAAAGCCUACAAAAAGCAUAUUCUGAGGUAUCUACAGUGUAUAAUCCAAGCACCUUUUACGGUAUUGAAAGCCAACCAAAUGCAUAUUCUGAGGUAUCCUGCUAUUAAAAAGUUUUGUUUCAAAAACCUUAUGUGCUAUUCUUACUAACGUAGAUACUCCCGCGUCGUUCAGUGCAUUGGGCGACAAGCUGCUCACUGGCAAUGUCUGAAGUCUCUUCCCAACUGCUCUGAGGACCUCCAUGAAAGUGUGGCGCCAAGUUGUAGGCCUACUAGGAUGUCCCUGUUUGUGCUUUCCUCGUAAUGGCCUACAUGCCAUUCAACUCUUAUUAUGCGUGAUUCUUUUAGUCGGAGAACAUGCCCCGCAAACCUCAUUCGUCUUAGCCAUCUUUGUUUAGCCACUUUUAGUGUUUUUCAAUUUAGGUAGAUGACUAUUCGCUGCACUUUAUUCAUGGAACCCAGCCACUGAUAGAAAUGUGUAACCUCUCUUGGCUGCGCUCUUGGAAUUAG